AUGUCAAUACCAGGACUUGGAGACAUUGCGCCGGCCGCAACCCCGGUUAUAGCAUCCUCUUCCGCCGCAGCACCGACCACAACAGAAACUCUCGAACCUUUCUGGGAAUAUCGUUUCGAAGUCCCUCACGGUUCGACCCUAGAUAUAAAGUUGGUCUCCGGUACUGCAGAAAAAGAUGGCACCGAACUUGCCCCGAAUACGCCCUAUACUUUCACCGCGACGAAGUCCAAGAUAAACACCUGGCAUGGAUGUACACUCGAGAUCUCCUCACCUACCAGCAACUACGAUGCCUACACCUCAGAACCGACAGCAGAUGAGACUCCAAUGGUCAGCUAUCUAAAUUUACACUUCAAGCUCGAGGCGUUUCGUACGGCUGCGCAGAGAACGGGGCAAAUGGGUCCGCGAGUACUUGUCGUGGGGCCCCCGAACGCGGGCAAGACAAGUUUGGUGAAGAUGCUUACGGGUUGGGCAACGCGAAUGGGUCGCCAGCCUCUUGUAAUAAACACAGAUUGCCGCGAGGGCAUGCUUUCUCUGCCGGGCUCACUAAGCGCGGCCGUAUUCGCGACUAUUAUGGACAUUACAACAGACUGGGGAAGUACACCAAGUAGCGGCCCAAGUGCUAUACCGGUAAAGCUGCCGCUAGUAUAUAAUUACGGCUUAGGACAACCAGAGGAGAAUAUGCGUCUUUAUAAGAGGUUAUUGAGUAGACUAGCUGUAACAGCAACCUCCCGACUUGCUGAGGACCCUGAUGUAAAGACGGCAGGACUGCUGAUUGAUACCGGCGGGGUCAAUGUUUCUAAGGGAGGCUAUGACCAUAUAGCACAUAUAGUUGCCGAGUUCUCUGUCAAUAUCGUGCUCGUGAUAGGUUCCGAACGUAUCGGCAGCGAGAUACAGAAGAAAUUCGCUGGGCAAAAGACCAGUCUAGAUGAGCCAAUCACCGUUGUUAGCCUCGAUAAAUCCGGUGGCGUGGUGGAGAGGGAUACAGGCUUUCUACAGCAGGUUCACGAAGCAGCAAUAAAGGAGUAUUUCUUCGGUGGUGCGAAUACCACCUUGAGUCCCUUUACCCAGCAAGUUGACUUCUCGGCCCUGUCGAUCUGGAAAAUCAACCCAGCCCCCGCCGCGGCGACGUUGGACGAUGACAUAUAUAGUGAUGCGAUGCUUGAGAAAGUCGAGCCGUCGCUGGUGAUGCAAAAUUGCAUCCUAUCGGUUGUCUACGCAUCGGUCCAUGACUCGACAGACACGAUCCGCGAUUCUAACGUCAUGGGUUACGUAUACGUAGCCGAAGUUGAUGAGAAACGACGAAAGCUGAAGAUCCUUGCUCCAGUCAACGCCCGGUUAGGAGAUAGGCCCCUUCUCUGGGGAAGCUGGCCUGAGCCGAUGGUCAGCUUACUAGGCUAA